UUCCGCGACAGGCAAGCCUCGACAACUAAACCAACACCUUCGCUCGAUUCUGUACUCAAAAGACAAACGCUCGCUAGCAGCAAAACAGGCAAUGCAUGCGCAACAAAAACACCAAUCCACCCAAAGCCUCAAAGCCAAAAGGAAAUUGGCAGGUAUGCGAAUCAUAAUAUAAUCGUAGACAAUCGAAAUGGAUGUCGGUCUGAUGUGGUGGUGGCGGUUGAUGAAACAAAGGAGAAAGCGGUAUAUACAAGGUUCAGGGAUCUUGCAGUGAUGGAUUUGGUCGAUAACAUAGAUAGGCAGACGCCUGUGAGGGGUAUGCCAGCCAGCCAGCACGAAGACGACGUGUCUGGGUCGGCGGUGAGAAUUAUUAGAUUCGCUCACGUGGAGACAGGAUUGGUUGGCGUGGGUGGUUGUAUAGCCACUGUUUUUGGAGGUCGAGGGGUUUCGGUGUUUGUGGAUGCCUGUAGCGAUCGUUGAUUUCGCAUUUCUUUCCUUUUGAUCAGCAAGCUUUUGAAGGCGCCGAGCCAUUUUGCCAGGGAAUUCUCGUCUGCGGCGCAGAAUCGUAGGUUCUUCUCCUCGGAAAUGACCUGCAUACAGUGCUGCUUGCUCCU